CACAGUGUCUCCUGACCCCUCCUGUCUCAGUCUCCAGUAUUUAUGUUGCAGUAGUUUAUGUGUCGGGGGGCUAGGGUCAGUUUGUUAUAUCUGGAGUACUUCUCCUGUCCUAUUCGGUGUCCUGUGUGAAUCUAAGUGUGCGUUCUCUAAUUCACUCUUUCUCUCUUUCUUUCUCUCUCUCGGAGGACCUGAGCCCUAGGACCAUGCCCCAGGACUACCUGACAUGAUGACCCCUUGCUGUCCCCAGUCCACCUGGCCGUGCUGCUGCUCCAGUUUCAACUGUUCUGCCUUAUUAUUAUUCGACCAUGCUGGUCAUUUAUGAACAUUUGAACAUCUUGGCCAUGUUCUGUUAUAAUCUCCACCCGGCACAGCCAGAAGAGGACUGGCCACCCCACAUAUGCUCUCUCUAAUUCUCUCUUUCUUUCUCUCUCUCGGAGGACCUGAGCCCUAGGACCAUGCCCCAGGACUACCUGACAUGAUGACUCCUUGCUGUCCCCAGCCCACCUGACCGUGCUGCUGCUCCAGUUUCAACUGUUCUGCCUUAUUAUUAUUCGACCAUGCUGGUCAUUUAUGAACAUUUGAACAUAUUAGCCAUGUUCUGUUAUAAUCUCCACCCAGCACAGCCAGAAGAGGACUGGCCACCCCACAUAGCCUGGUUCCUCUCUCGGUUUCUUCCUAGGUUUUGGCCUUUCUAUGGAGUUUUUCCUAGCCACCGUGCUUCUACACCUGCAUUGCUUGCUGUUUGGGGUUUUAGGCUGGGAUUCUGUACAGCACUUUGAGAUAUCAGCUGAUGUACGAAGGGCUAUAUAAAUACAUUUGAUUUGAUUUGAUUUGAUUUACUAACUUCAACGUGUGUGUGUGUGUCUGUCUGUCUGUCUGUCUGAGUGUAUGUAUGUGCAGCGCUUGACUUAGACUGAAAUCGGUAACGGUACUCAUUUUGGGUGCAGGUACUGUAGGUGCAGGGGCUCCACAGUGCUUUUGAGCAAAUAUUCUAUAAGAGGAACGGGAGCUCAAGCAGUGUGCAAAGCUGUCAUCAAGGCAAAGGAUGGCUACUUUGAAGACGCAAAAAUAUAAAAUGUAUUUUGAUUUGUUUAACACUUUUUUGGUUACUACAUUAUUCCAUAUGUGUUAUUCCCUAGUUGUGAUGUCUUCACCAUUAUUCUACAAUGUAGAAACUAGUAAAAAUAAAGAAAAACCCUGGAAUGAGUAGGUGUGUCCAAACUUUGGACUGCUACUGUAGCUGUUAUUACCUUUCAACAGAGAGUAAAACUUGGACUGAGAGCAGAGCAGACUAUAUAAGGGGAGGAGCCGACCUGGUGAUCAUAAACAGUAGAGAGGAACAGGUGUUUCUAAACAAAAUGGGAAAAGAUGUGCACUUAUGGAUUGGUCUGACUGACUCAGAGAUGGAAGGGUUCUGGAAAUGGGUGGAUGGAACAACAUCACCAACAACGUUCUGGAGAAGAGGAGAGCCAAAUAAUGCUGAUGGGGAGGAGGAUUGUGUGGUAUUCAACAGUUUCAUUAAUCUGUCUUGGGCCUGGGAAAUGAUUCAGUCAUGGAAUGACCAGCCUUGCUCAGACAUUCAGAGCAUCGAUGAGACAGACAGCAUACAAGGACAGAAACGAUACACACAGUACCAGUUAUCAUCAUCAUUGAGAUAUGGAGAUAGAAGAGGACAUCUAUGCCAAUGUAGAGGAGAUCCGUGUGAAAGACUGUAAUGAUCUGGUUGCAGGUUACGCGACUUUACACCAGAUUCCACAGGCUGGAACAAGACUGAAGCAUGAGAAUCAGAACUGUCAGCCUUACAAGAUGGCUACAUUUUCCCUGGGCCUGCUGUGUGUUGUCUUACUGAUCACAGUCACAAGCCUCUCUGUGCACUAUGACAAACAGUACUACGGACUGUCCAGACUUCAGACUUCAUACAACAACCUGACUGAGGAGAAACUCCGGCUUCAGAGGUCAGUUUCAGAGCAGGAGAAGAAGAUAUCAGAGCUUGGACUCUGUCCUGAUGGCUGGAGGAGACACAGAUGUAGCUGUUAUUACUUCUCUAAUAACAGUAAAACUUGGAGUGAGAGCAGACAAGACUGUAGAGAGAGAGGAGCAGAUCUGUUGAUCAUAAACAGCAGAGAGGAACAGCAUUUUCUAAACACAUUGGGGAGGAAAAUGUAUUUCUGGAUUGGUCUGACUGACUCAGAGGAGGAAGGGAUCUGGAAAUGGGUGGAUGGAACAACAUCAACCACAACACAGUUCUGGAGAGAAGGAGAGCCAAAUAAUGCCCAGGGGGGUGAGAACUGUGCAGUCUUCACCAGCUUCAGCGAUACCCUGGGAAUUAUACAAUCAUGGAAUGACCAGCCUUGCUCAUUGCUUAUCCAUUGGGUGUGCAACUACACACCUAACGUGUCCUCCUAAUAGGCCUACACAUCGUGAUGGCAUCUGCCCACAGGAGAAUAUCUAAAUUCCAUUGUAAAAAAAAAAAACGAAGCAUCUCCUACAAGUUGA